AGCAACCCUAUUUAAAACGUCAAAUUAUUUGAAAUUAAAAAAAUUAUUAGUGAUGAAAAAUGGCUUCCUUGAGGAGCCCGUCUUCGCCGUCCGACGGCUAUAAAAGGUUCAGUGACGAUUUCGCAAACACCAGCAUCAACAAUUACGGCUCGAACGUCACAAACACGCGGACCGACGAUGGCGGCGGCGACGGCACGCUGGACAUGGGCAGCCGCUCCUCCCUCCACACAGGACUGCAUAUGUCCGAGGACGAGCAUUGGGAGAUGAAUUAUCAUGAGGCCGCCAUCUAUUUGGAGGAAGGCCUUAACAACGAGAAAUUCGACUCCCACCCGUCCAGUCCUGAGGAGCUACCUGCUUACCUUCGAGUCCACAACCCUUGGUACCAUGGGCUCGAUCUGCUGGCUUCCCUGGUGUUAAUCCUGCUCGCUUUUACUGAAGACCCUGCGGUACCAGCUUUUGAGUUGCCAGUAUGGGCCCACGGCACGAUAGAACUAUUGGCGCUGGUGGUGAUUGGCGUGGAACUUCACCUGAAGCUGAAAUGGAUCGGAUGGAGCACCAUCCUCAAACACAAGAGGACCAUGAUCAAGGGCGUAACCCUACUAAUAAUGGUCUUGGAGGCAGUAGUAGUGUUGUGCAGACAAUCAUCUCACUUCCGAGUGACCAGAGCCCUGCGGCCCAUCUUUCUGGUUGACACAAGACAUUGUGGCGGCGUCAGGCGGUUUAUAAGACAGAUCCUGCAGAGUUUGCCGCCUAUUUUAGACAUGUUAGGGCUCCUAAUGUUCUUCGUGGCCACGUAUUCUCUGCUGGGCUACUACCUGUUCUCAGAACACCUCGACAAUGGUCACUUUUCUACCAUCAGUGACUCGUUCGUCAGCAUGUUUGUGUUGCUCACCACCGCCAACUUUCCGGACGUGAUGAUGCCGUCGUACGCCAAAUCCAAGUGGUACGCGGUGUUCUUCAUCCUGUAUAUCAUCACUGUGCUCUACGUGCUUAUGAAUUUAAUGUUAGCCGUAGUAUACGAGACCUUCACCCGCAUAGAGCGCGAGAAAUGUCGCGCUUUGCUACUCCACCGUCGUCGCGCCGCGCGACACGCGUUCAGAUUGCUCGUGUCGCGUCGCGCCCCGGACGCGGUGAGGCUGCGACACUUCGCCGGGCUAAUGCGACACUAUGCGCCGCACUACAGCGGGCUGGACGUGUACCUAAUGUUUAAGCAACUAAACCAGUCCGGGACCGGCGGUCUUUCCCGUUCAGAGUUUGCAAAUCUAUAUGAGGUGUUCGCGCUCCGCUGGGCGCCGCAGACGGCGCGCGCGCCGUGGUACGCGGAGUGUUGGCUGGAGCCGUGCGCGCGCGCCGCCAGCCAGCUCGUCCAUAAGCCUUACUUCGAGUAUAUCAUCUACGCACUAAUAGUAGGUAACGGCAUGGCGAUGGUGCUGCGGGCAUUAGAGGCCGGCGCGGGCGCAGACCCUAGCUUGCCGGGCUUGCAGCACAGCGCGAGGUUACUUUGUGCCUCCUGGGACACCUGGCUUUUCCUUUCGCUGUUCUUAAUAGAAGCAGCCCUCCGUAUGAUGGCUUCCGGCGUGACGGCGUACCUAGAGAGCGGAUGGAACGUGUUCGAUCUCAGCGUGACCCUACUAGCACUAAUGGGGGCUGUCAUGCUCACUAUAGCGCCUAAACUGUAUAUCGUUGUCAUCUUCAGACCUUUAAGACUAAUGCGUCUCUACAAGCUAAAGAAGCGCUACCGCGACGUGUUCGGCACACUGGUGCUACUGACACCACUCAUGUCGUCAGCUGGCUGCGUGAUGCUCGUCAUGUAUUAUUUCUUCGCUAUCGUCGGCAUGGAGCUUUUCGCGGGAUUAGACCUUAGGAACUGCUGCGUAAACACAACAGUAGAAGACUUCUACAAAUACUCGGAGAACAGUUCAACAGCGCUCGGAUACUACUAUCUCAACAACUUCGAGAAUCUCAUCACGAGUGGCGUGUCUCUGUUCGAGCUUACAGUUGUCAAUAAUUGGUUCAUACUUAUGAAUGCGUACGCGACCGUCGCGGGGCAGUUUAGUAGGAUUUAUUUUAUGGUGUUCUACCUGUUCACGAUGGUGGUGCUGACCAUCGUGGUGGCCAGCGUGCUAGAGGCCUUCCGGUUCCGUAUACAGUACAAGCGCUCUACUACUAAGAGGGACGAGGAAAAGCUACUCCACGAAGAAGUCCACACGAGCUGGGAGGAAGCGACAAGACUCGGUGCCGGCGGGGAGUUGGCCGACGAGCUGCGGCCUUUCCUGCCUGCCGGGACGGAGGUGACAUUCAUCGGGUCGCGACCUCGCACGAAAGAGGUGCUGCAACGGCGCAUGUACCACCAAGAUAUUCAGAAGUGGCUCGCCGACGAGGAUGAUAACGAAGUUCCACCCUCAACAACUCUAACCUCAAACGACCCCCUGGCCCCGCCCCUCAUCCAGCAACCGGAAGCGGAAACCAACCACCAGCUCCGACCAGGCUACCAGUUGUAGAACCUACUCAUCGACGUCCUGUACUAUAGGCUAGAGGCGCUGCGGGGUUUGAUGCGCGCCUUAUGAUCCGGCGUGGCGCGCUGGCUGAAUGCUACGUUCCGGUGCCAUUUGUAAAAAAAACGAGGUUUGUCUAUGAUUCUAAGGGUAACGGAAACGGAAAUCUGUUAGAUUGGAAUAAAGCAUGUGCCAGACGGCAGACAACCACAGUUUCUGCAACAUGACCUUGGUAGAAGCGAGUGGUUUACAACAAGCGGCUAGACGAUUUUAAGCCACUGCUUCUGCCAUUGGUUGGCAUAGCACGCCUGUCUACCAAGGGCGUUUAAAGGUCAUUGUUUUUCUACCAAGGUCAUGUUGCAGAAACUGUGGUUGUCUGCCGUCUGGCACAUGCUUAACAGUUAUAGCCGGUCAAAAUUCAAAUUUUCUAUGGGACGAUUACCCUUCGCGCAUAUUUUUUUUAAUUUUGCCGCUUUUGUCUACUGACAGAAAUGGCUUGAGAGACUAUAUUAAAAUUCUGUGAAAUUUAUCUUACAGGUUUCCAUUACAAUAUGUAAACAAUGAAAAUGUAUUUUGUGGUUUGUGGUGGCUCAUAAAAUUUGUCUCGUUUGACGAUUGUGUUAGGUUUGAAAAUACAGAAUUUAAGAUUACUUACAUAAAGUAAAGCCCGACCAGUAAUAAUAUGGUCAUUGUCAAGAGAGCGCUGUUAUUCUCAUUGCAUAAGGUGACAGUUCACUAUAGCAUGAAAAAAAUAGUUCCAGUGAAAUUCCGCAACAUGGCGCGUGAUCAUAUAUUUCUGGUCAGGCUUUACAUCUAUUCUGUAAAAAUGAAGUCUAACGCUCCGGUGUUAUUUAUUUACAGAGUGACUAUUCCACAAAAUUGUCUGUCCAAAAGCAUGUUUCUUUUUUAAUCUAUUGACUUUGUCGUCCAUAUUUAAGAGCCCAUCAACGUGCUCGCUAGCGCCACUGCUAAAUAAUUAUGAUUAUUUAAAUUUAACGAUAGAUAUUUAAAAAAGGGGGCCGCUACGUACUGUAUUUUGUAUUUAAGUACCUUUUGAAUACAUCAAACUAGUUUUUAUGUUGCUGGAUUCGUCGAUCUAUGAACUCAAAACAAAUCGGCGGUUUUAACUUUGGACGCAUAGAUUGACGAAUCCAGCAACGUAAAAACUAUUAUAAUGUAUUCAAAGGGUACUUAAAUACAAAAUACAGUACGUAGCGGCCCCCUUUUUUAAAUAUCUAUCGUUAAAUUUAAA